AGAUGGAUGGAGGAGGUGAUCUUCAACCAGUUCAGCCUAUAUCAACAGAGCAGGCCAUAUCAGUUGAGCAAGACUUAUCAAUUGAUAACUCCUUACCAGAUGUUGAACAGGCCUUGUCUAAUGAGCAUCCUUCAAAUGAUCCCACAGACACUGAUGUUAAUGAAACUCUUUUCCUCAAACUUCAAAACUUGGAAACAUUGAAUGCAAAACUACAAGUUCUAAGGCAGAACAAAGUUCUUUGUGACGUAAUUUUCAAAGUGCAAGAUGCUGUUCAAAUCUGGGCACAUAAGAAUGUAUUAUGUGGAUACAGCUUUCAAGCUAUUAACAUGUUUGCUAGCUUGAAUACGUCCACUACUGUUGAAAUAGAAAUGCCUAAUGUAUCUGCAACUAUCUUGGAGAAUAUAGUAAAUUAUAUGUAUGGUGAGGAGUUACAGAUCACCCCUGAUAAUGUACAAGAAGUCUACCAGGCUGCAGAAAUACUCAAAAUGCCAGAUGUUACAAAUGUUUGUCUCCAACUUAGAGCAGACUUGAAUUUAUCAGCAGAUAAUGUUGUUGUCGCAGAAGGCGAAAAUACAUCAGAAAGUAAUGCCACAUUGCCUCCAGAUUGCAACACCUCAGCCCCCUCUGUUGGUGACCCUGAGAACCAGUUAUUAGUUUCUGUAGCAGAGCCAAAGGAACUGACCCUUGAAGAAUUCCAAUCUCUCUUAAUACAGGAAUCAUCGAAUAAUGAAGCUAAUGAAAAGUCAAGGGGUGUCCCAGAUGAUGUCCAUACUACUGAAGAGAAUGUGACUAGUGAAUCAAACAAUAUGAAUCCACAAAGAGAAGUGAUGCUAUUCCCUGAUCAGGAAGGCAUUACAAAAACUAUUGAUCUCCGUGUAUUAGGACCAACGUCAUACCAAUGUGGUCAAUGUGAGAAAAUAUUCCCUACGAUGACCAGACUUAGGCGUCACACCCUCUGCCAUACAGCAUUCAAGCAGUUCCAAUGCCCUGAAUGCGAGAAAUGUUUUGCUUAUAAGCAUCACAUAAAAAGUCAUUAUCUGGCCAUGCAUACUGAGAAUCGGUCAUUCAGGUGUGUUCCAUGUGACAAAAGUUUUCCCAAUUCCUCCUACCUCAGCUGUCAUAACACAAAGGUCCACGGGGCAAGGAAGUGUAACAAGUGUAACCUUGUGUUUCCUGAUAGGUUAACACUGGCAAAACACAAGACAAAACAUUCAGUUGCGUACAAGGUGAUUUGUUCAGAGUGUGAAAUGAAAUUCCCAUCUUACUUCAAACUAGCAAGCCACAUGAAGCAAGAUCACAGCCACAUUGAAUUUACUAUCCCAAAGAAGGCACAUCCUAGAAACAAAACAAGAGUGAAAUCUGACACAAAAGAAGAUGAUGAAGUAGAAAUAUGCGAGUAUUGUGCAGGUGUAUUCAAGUCUCAAGUUGAACUCCAAGAACACAUCAAUGAAGACCACAAGGAUGUGGAACGAUCUUGCUCUGAAUGUGACUAUAAAACAGCAUCUAAGGCCAAGUUUAGGAGGCAUGAGCAAAUCCACUAUGGAGUGAGGCCAUUCCAAUGUACAAAAUGUGAUAAGAGGGAAUCGUUUGACGCAUUGAUUUCAAAUUUUCAGCCAACCAUGGAUGAAGAUACGAGCGCUGGAAUAACUUUGCAUGAUAAUGUUAAGAAAGGAUUCAUGUCAGGAGAAUCCUAUGACAAUCACCGACCAACUUAUACUGAGGAGGCGACACGUUUUGUUCUGGACAAGUGCAAUUUUGAGGAAAAUGACCUAUGCCAGUAUGAUAUACUUGAGCUUGGUGCAGGAACAGGCUUGUUCACCAGGCAGUUACUAAAUUGUGCAAACCAGAAAGGCUUGAAUGUAAUAGCUACCGAUCCAUUGGACGUGUUUCUUGUAAAGUUGAGAGCGGCUUUACCAGGCGUAAAGACAAUGCAAUGCAGCGCUGAGUCCAUCCCAUUGCCCAGUUGCUCCGUCAAGAAUGUAGUUGCUGCUCAGAGUCUCCAUUGGUUUGCAAACAAUAAGGCUUUCACUGAAAUAAAUCGUGUUUUGGCACCAGGAGGAAAGCUCGUGUUCCUAUGGAAUACAAUGGAUCGUACUCAAAAUGGGACACUAACUUACGAGAUCGCUACACACAUGUUGUCUUUAGAAGAUAACACCUCAAGCCACGAGAUAAUGGAUGGUGCACUAUGGAAAGGAGAACUCGAGAAUUGUUCAGGAUAUUCACCGCUUAAAGGACACUGUUUUUACCAGCAUCUUAAACAUUCAGUAAGUACAUGUCAUCCACCUACAGGAGAUGAUUAA